UGCACGCUCUUAUUCAUCUCGAAUUGGGCCUCUCUAUCGGCCUGUUAAGUAGGCGACAUGAGGGCCGCGGCUCGGUCUGGUCUUCCCCACAAGAACACAGGCCCAAACGACAAGGCCGUAAUAGCCCUUGUCGUUGUCUUCGGCUCCACAACGCAGAAGUGUUUUUGGUUUGGUUGGAGCGCACUACAGCAACCGAGUUGGAGUUGAACGCUCACGGUUUGUUUCGUCGUCGCGUUCUGCUCUGGAAAGCCGUUUGCCUCCCGAGUUGUGCGCAUCGAGGAGUCUCCGCCGUGUUCUCUCCGUCUCCUCUCCCUUCUUCCCCGUCCGUCGUCAUUUGGGGAAGAGAGAGGAGGGAGGAGAAGAAGAAGAAGAAGGAUGGAUGAUCCGUCCUUGUUGCUGAUGCUCUCCAGUCUCCUCCACCUCCACACCUACCUCGAUCCCACCUCCUCCUCGAACCCCCCUUCCUCCUCCGCCGCCGCCGCAUCCUCCGCUGCAGCCCCGCUGCUCUUCUUCGCCAUCGCCUCUGUCCUCUCCUACGCCUCCUCCACUCUCCGCCACCGCCGAUCCCGCCGCCGCCGCCGCCGCAGCUCCUCCUCCCCCUCCCCUCCUCCGCCACCCCCUCCCCCCCGCUCUGUCGCCUCCCCUUCCGCCGGCUUCUUCUUCCUCUCCUCCGAUCGCGUCCUCUCCUUGGAGCCCUCGGCCCGCGACGCCCGCUUUCGCUCUCUCUACGGCGUCUCCCACCCCGUCUUCGAGACCCUCCUGAAGAACCUCCGCCACCUCGAUGCCUCCGCCGCCUUUCCCUCGUCGCUCCCCCUCGACCGAGCCUUCUCCGUUGCCCUCGCCCGCCUCUCCCGCGGCCUCUCGUCCCGCUCCCUCGCCCGCUCCCUCUCCCUCCCCCCGGCCCUCGUCUCCCGAUGCACCCACGCCCUCACCCGCCUCCUUUCUACUCGCCUCUACCCCCGCUACGUCACACUCCCCGCCAACCCCGACCACCUCCUCUCCACCCUCCAGUCCUUCAAGGACAUCACCGCGCUCCCCAACCUCGCCGCCGCCAUCGCCUCCUCCCCCGUCCGUCUACGCCUCCGGCAAGCCCCUCAUCCCAACCCUUCGCACCCCAAUUCCGCCCCCGAACCCGGUACCGACCUCCUCCGAUCCCCCAGCCGUUCCUUCCCCUCUAUCCUUCUCCAGGCCGUUGCCGACCACCGCAAGGUCUUCUGGGACGCCUGCGUCCGCGCCCCUGGUUCCUCGGACCCUGCCUCCCACCUCCGAGACAGCAGCCUCUACCGCCUCCUCCUCGACAACAAUGGCAGCAGCGGCGCCCUCCCCCUUCGGGACCACGUCAUCUCCGUCCGCGGCCAGCACGUGCGCCCCUACCUCGUCGGGGACUCCUCCUACCCCCUUCUCCCCUUCCUCCUCACUCCCUUCUCGUCGUCCUCGUCGGCGGCCACUUCGAGUGCCCCCGCACUGGAGGCAUUCGAUUCUGCUCUGGCUAAAGGUCGGGCAGCGUCGGUGGAGGCUGCUAUCGGGUUGCUCAAGGGAAGAUGGAAGAUACUUCGGAACCUCAACGUAGGGCUUGAUCAUGCGGCCCAGACGGUGGUCGCAUGCGUGGUUCUGCACAAUAUGUGUCAAUUCGCCAAGGAGCCGGAAGACGAAGGGAGGUACAUGUGGCGGGAUCCGCCCGAGAGUCCGCAGCCGGCCAGCCUGGUGGAGAGUGAACGAUCUCUUCACUAUAUGGGUGAGAGCUUGAGACAGGCAUUGGCGGAGGAUCUCUAUGAGCGACAGCAGAAGCUUGGGUCAGGAGCAAGGUGAAGUAUUGACAGGUGAGGAAAAAAGCCUGUGUUUUGCCAACCCAUUUCCUCGACUGACAUUAACUGCGUCAAUUCAACCUUGAGCAUCAUCAGAAACUUGUCUCGCUUGUGCUUUUGGCAAACUUCUUGUCUGUAUAGUAUUGCUUGUAGAAUGUUUUAUUGCUUGUAGAAUGUUUUGCUGGCCUCUUGUGGUUCUUGUUGUUGUCAUCCUUGUCUGCAAUGCUUAUUUAGCUUGACGUUGACUAGACAAAACAACAUCUCCACAUGUUUGAUUGAAGGCAAUUGUUUGAAGCUUAGCGUGAAUAAAAUCAUGGCAAUUAACUAUAAAGAGCA